AUUAUCGCCCAUAUCGUGUUUGGACAACAUCGUUGAGAAUCCCAGAUCGCGAUUCGAUUUUACAAAAACUCUCAAAUUUUGAUAAAUAUUUCUGAACUCCUUAAAUAUGAGCUCCAUCGGAACCGGUUACGACUUAUCGGCGUCUCAAUUCUCACCCGAUGGUCGUGUAUUUCAAGUGGAGUACGCACAGAAGGCUGUAGAAAAUAGUGGAACAGCGGUAGCUUUGAAAGCAAAGGACGGCGUUGUGUUUGCUGUUGAAAAACUUGUUGUUUCCAAACUCUAUGAAUCAACUUCAAAUCAGAGAAUUUUCUCAAUUGAUUCGCACGUAGGAAUUGCUGUAGCAGGACUAUUGGCAGAUGCUAGACACUUGGUUGAAACUGCUAGAGAUGAAGCAGCAAACUACCGAGCAAACUAUUCUGUACCAAUUCCUAUUCCCUACCUAGCAGAUAGAUUGGCCAUGUAUAUGCAUGCCUAUACCUUAUACAGCUCAGUUCGACCUUUUGGUUGUGGUGUUCUUCUCGGCGGUGUUGGCCAAGAUGGUCCAGAGCUAUAUUGUAUUGAUCCUUCCGGCGUAUACAACGGAUAUUGGGGAGCUGCAAUCGGAAAAGCCAAGCAAAACGCAAAAACUGAAAUGGAAAAAUUGAAAGUAAAAGAUAUGACCAUGAAGGAAUUGAUAAAGGAAGUUGCUAAAAUUAUAUAUAUUGUACACGACGAGGUAAAAGAUAAAAAUUUUGAACUGGAACUAUCUUGGGUUGGAGCUGAGUCGAAUGAUAAACACCAACGUGUCCCAAGCAUUGUCUUCACUGAAUCCGAAAAAUAUGCUAAGGAAGCCAUUCAAGAAUCAGACGCCUCAGAUGAUGAAGAUUUAUAGUUUGUAUAUACUUUUUACCGUCGACGUUAAAUAAAAUAUUAUUACAAGAACAACAGUUUUUUUGUUCCAAAUACAUGCAAGAAACGUUGUAAUUUUGUUUUCUAUGCGUCUCUUAUCGUAAAAAAAAAUGAAUGUAGGUGGCGAUGAAGUAAGAUCGCGAAAGGAGUUACUACAUCAUUUAGCUGUUAACUGUGCAACCGUUAACGAAAUAAAACUUGUAAUGUGACGUCGAUAUUUUGAUUAAAUCAGAUCUGCUCUAUUCCCGAUAAUUAAACGUCUAGUCGAUAAGUCUAUAAAGUUUAACAGCAGGAAGACGUAUUAUCUGUAAAUUAGCGAAACUUAAGACAGCCUCGCCUUUGGCACCUGGUGUUCGGGAUUACCUCUAUUGAUCAUUACGCAACAUGGCCCUGUCAGCUGACGAAAACCACAGCGUCUAUGCGUAUUCACUAGUUGGUCUUUUGCCAGUAUCUCUUCUAGUUCAGUUGACUAGUUUAAGCGCACCUUAUUGGUGGCGAAAGCAUUCCGGAUAUGGCGGCCUAUGGAGAAUUUGUCAAGGCAAUCAACGAAUUGUAUGUACUUCGAUUUUCGAGGAUACCAACUUCGGUAAGUUUGCCAAAAAAAUGUUACAGAUAGCGCGCCUGUUAAAUAAUCGACAUAGCGAAUUGAGAUGAGAGAACAUCUGCAUUCUGUUUUUUUCCGUUUUUCGUUAGCCCCCAUUCCUUGCUUGCCUCUCCGUGCAAAAGUUCUAGACUUGAAGAUAAGAUGCAAGAAACGAGCGCGAAUAGCUAAGACUUGAAAUAUCUGUCUCCCUCCGAGACCACAACUUAGAAUACUAAUUAGGUUUACCCACAGAUGUUAUACGCCUGAGAGGAGACUAAUCGAAUUAGUAAUAUAAACACUAAUCGAAGAUUUUCUUGCUCUACGAGAAAAAAGAACGAUAGACACAGGUGCGAUUAUCUUUAAGGAAACAGCUUAUUCACCCAAUAUUCACUAAUUAUACAAGUUUACCUAUUCAAUAUUCUUAGAAUAUUUAUGGAAUGGAAGGGACAUUCCUUUCUUUGGCGGUGCGGAAGAGAGAUAUCGCAUAGCCUUCGAGUUUAUUAUUAUUACAGUCCGACCUUGCACUUUCUUCAUGCAACUCAAGGGAAUCGUUGAAAAGUACAAUAAAGCGAUUAGAAGAAUUUAUGUAAAUUACAUGUAAAAUCCUAAGAGAGAUACUAAAACGCAUUAAGUACAACCAUCGGUUUACGACGCAUUUGUUCCGCAUCGCUUAUUCUUCGCUUCGAUUAGCCAAUGAUUAAUGAUUGAAUUUUUUUUAAGGCUUUUUACUAGUUGGGGAAUUGACUCUAACCGUCGCAACAACUUUAAUGGCUGCCAGUGAGUUUGUUUUACUAUUCUACCUCUGCGUACCCGGCUUCGAAAGGGAUGUUAGGUGCAAGGUACUACUCUGCAUUCUGUCAUUCUUAUCCGCUCUGCUAGUUUGUACGGGUGUCGUAUCGUUCUCAGUUUGGUCGAGCACAAAAACAGAUCUUCAGUUAUGGUGGGCGUAUGCUUUGGCCGUUGCCGCCUGUAUCCUAACAUCAGCAGUAUGCGGUUUAGCUAUGUUUGAUUUAAGAAAACUGUAUUCUCUCAUUUAUCAUAGUUCUCGUAAUAGUCCUGUUGACUUAUAAAAAUAACGAGAAUCAAAAAAGACAAUAGUAGCUAAUUUAAUAAUAAAACCAAAAUAAACGAAUACUUGUAUUUGAUAGUCCAGGUUUAAAUGAGUUGGUAAUGCUUUAACCUUUCCAAGAAGUAUGAAUGUCAUACUUUACCUAACGCAUUAUACUAAAUGAAAGGGCAGGCAAAAGAUUCUAUUAGUCUACGAUGUAAAUAAUAUGCUUUCAAAUGCUCUUGUCUUUUAUUUCUUUGAAUUUUCUCUUUUUUUAUAGUUAUUAGAAAUACCUCUUUUUUAAAUAAUAAACAAGGG